GGUUGGUCAAAAUUUUUCGUGAACGAGAAAAUGGCUUGUGGUGUAGUUUGUAGUGGACUUAUGUAUACUCCAUUCACCAGAUUUUUAAAUGCUACUACAUUAGGAAGCACGAACGAGCGUGUUUAUAAUGAAACAUGCAAUCGUUUAUCUACGAUUAUAUCCAACGAAGCCAAAGCGUCUAAAGAAAGAGCGAUACAAAAUAGUUAAGCAGGCAGUGGGGCGUCUGGGAUAACCAUGGAAACCGAUGCGUGUUUUUCUGCAUUCCGCAAUGCCAAGAGGAGUAUAACAUUUGGCCUUUGCAACGAAACGCAUACUGUAUUGGCAGAUAAGGUGAAAUCAACAAAUCACGAUGACAGUUCUGUCCAACGACAUGAAACGAUUGCAACAAAGGAAAUUCUAAAUGAUUUCAAACAGGAAGGAAUAAAAGUUCGUUGCAUCGUGCACGAUUCUAACAAUAGCGUGAGCAAGGUCGUAAAAGACGAUUUUCCAGAAGUAAAGGAACAAAAAGACGUUUGGCAUGUGAUUAAAAAUGUUAUGUCAUCUUUCAAAAAAAUUUCGAAAGGGACAAAGAAAACUGAAAAUAUAUGUUGGCAUGGUCAGCUAUUUGAUAAAUAUGAUGGAAUUAAAAAUCACAUAUGGUACUCCAUCAUGCACUCAGGAAAUGAUGAGACUCUACUACGAGACAGUCUAGAUGCGAUCGUGUCACAUUACCAAGGAUACCACGAAAGUUGCAGGCUUACAAGCCAUUGUGUAAGAAACCCAAGAUAUGCCCCAUCUCGUGUGCUACUUACUGAUCCAAUUGCAAUUGACCUCUUAUCGAAAUUUGUCCAUGACACUUCAAUAUACAAAAAUCCGCAUCUCGUACUAGAAGGACUUAGCACAAGUUACGUUGAAGCGGCAAACAAUGCUUUGCGUUCUUUUCUGCCCAAAAGGCAUUCCUUUGGUGAUACGUCAUUUCAAGUCAGGGUUGAUUUAUUUAUUUUGCAUUGGAAUGAAAAUGUUAAUCGACCAUUCAAGAGAGCGGUUGUUCCUCAAAACGAGGGAACUCCAAGAGAAAACAGUGGGCGAAAAUAUCAAUCAAAGAAAACAUUUCAGUAUUUGGAAAAGAUUUGGAUUAGUUACCUGGAAGCAUAGAUAAAUUGUUUUUAUUCGUAGACAAACGUCCAGAGAAAAUAUAUAAAUAGGUUGAACAUAGAUAAAAAUGUUUUUAUUAACUGUGAUAUAUAUGUUUGUUUGACUGGGUACUUUGUAUCUGGUUUAGAUUACAAAAAUACAAUAUUAUGUACCCAGAAAUACAUUCAAAAAUUGUAUGUAGUGUUAUAUGUUUCACAGGCACAAUAGCAG